UCAGCUGACUCGGGAGCCUCGCGCUGAGUGACGGUUAGCGGCGACCGUUGGAGCGGUAACGGUAGCGACAGCGGCCUGGCGGGGCGAAAGGAAGGGUCUCGGCCCGAGGGAGACGCCAUGGCGACCACCGUCACUACUCAGCGGGGCCCGGUAUAUGUUGGUGAGCUUCCUCAAGAUUUUCUUCGCAUUACCCCAACCCAGCAGCAACAGCAAAUCCAGCUGGAUGCCCAGGCAGCUCAGCAGCUACAGUAUGGAGGACCAAUGGGUACAGUAGGAAGACUCAGCAUUACUGUAGUACAGGCAAAAUUGGCAAAGAACUAUGGAAUGACUCGCAUGGAUCCCUAUUGUCGAAUACGGCUGGGGUAUGCUGUGUAUGAAACUCCAACAGCACAUAAUGGAGCCAAGAACCCCCGCUGGAACAAAGUUAUUCAGUGCACUGUUCCCCCGGGCGUGGACUCUUUCUAUCUAGAGAUAUUUGAUGAGCGGGCCUUUUCAAUGGAUGACCGCAUCGCUUGGACACACAUUACAAUUCCUGAGUCUCUGAAGCAAGGAAAUGUGGAGGAUGAAUGGUAUAGCCUGAGCGGAAGGCAGGGUGAUGACAAGGAAGGAAUGAUUAAUCUGGUUAUGUCGUACACGUCUUUGCCAGCUGCCAUGAUGAUGCAGCCCCAGCCAGUGGUCCUGAUGCCCACUGUAUAUCAGCAAGGAGUUGGAUAUGUGCCUAUAGCAGGGCUUGAGUACUUUGCUCUGGGGAUGCCUGCAGUCUGUAAUCCAGGCAUGGUACCAGUGGCAAUACCACCUCCUGCGGUCAACCCUCAGCACCUGUGUAACGAAGAGGACCUGAAAUCUAUCCAGGACAUGUUUCCCAACAUGGACAGGGAAGUAAUCCGCUCAGUGCUAGAAGCUCAGAGGGGGAACAAGGAUGCAGCUAUCAACUCCUUGCUUCAGAUGGCUGAAGAAUCAUAGAACCCCACUUUCUGCAUAGUCCCCGUCCUCGAUGCCACUUAUUUUUACUUGCCAAGCCAGGGAUUUAGCUAGAGGAAGAAUUUCCCAACAGCUUUCUGUUAGCGCAUCCUGUGUGAAAGAUGUACCCCUUUUCUCCUUGGACGUUUAGAUCUUUUUCACUUUCUUUCUCAGUCUGUACAUACUCAGUUUAGCUUAUGUCCUACAAUACAGCGUUGAAGCAUCUUUACUGUCAGCUGUGCCCUGUGUGGCUGUAUUCUGAUGGGGUGGGGAGUAAUGCUGCUUUUUUUUUUUUCUUUCUCUCCCCCUUUUCAUAAACUUGUUCUUACAAAGUAACUCUAUGCAGUACAGGAUUUACUACUGUUUGUUAGAUUGAAAAAAAAUUUUUUUCCAUGGAGGGUUUGCUCUUUAAACAUAACUGAUUUGUUAAAGUAUUUAGGUUUCAUCAAGGAGCCUAUUUCUGCCAGAAAUUAAAAGAAAGACCCUUUCCUUGUUCUGUGGUGUUUAGUUAUUGCUGUGAUAUAUUCAACUGUUUCUGAUUGAAGACUCUUAAUUUAAUAAGGUAAAUUUCUUAGGUUGCGCUGUUGGUAUUUGUAAUGAGCAUCUUCUAGUCAAUCUAGUCAUCGGGCACCAAAGCAAUAUAUUAUCUGACGUGCAUUUGGGGCUUUAUCUUCCCAUAAAGCAUUGUUACGUAUCUGUAAAAUCUUAACAGGUAACUUUUAACAAGUACAGUAUGUAUUGCUGUAGCAGAGAACAGGACUGAGCCCUAAUGUACUUCUACAGCUAAUUGCACUCUAGCUGCUACUUCUGCAUUCCCAUGGCUAUUUCAAAGGAUAAGUGCAGAAGGAAAGAUUUUUAUACCUGGAAAAUUACUGAAGCCGUAAACAAUUACUUAAGGUGUUGUCUUACCUUAAAAAAGCAGAAAUCUAUGAUCUGGUUAUAAGGCUUCUUUCUUUACACCUAUAUUUCAGCAAAAUUAUCAGUUUAUAUCAGUGAAAAAACUAUUGUAUUUUUUCCUGUAAUCUGAAAUAAGAAGUACGAAAGGUAGCUUCAGAAUCUUUGAAUGGCAUUAUGAGUUGCUCAGUUACUUGUUAGAUGACGGUUGCUGUAGUCAAUUUAUUAUUUUUUGAUGCAGAUGGAAAUAAAUUCUUUGUGAGAGAAAAUUUAACAUAUCUGAGUUAUAGUCUGAUCCUCAGAGGAGGUUGGAGGUUGCUUGUAUUUAUUGUUAGUGUUAUUUUUUCAGAUAACAGUUCAUCUUGGAGCUGCAGAAUCUUACAGUAUGCACCAGUUACACCUGUUGGAUAAAUUUCCAUGGUGUCUGAUUUUGCAGCUGGUAAAGUAAUGCACUUUAAAUAGUAUGCACCAGUUUAUUUUUUCCAGUGAUGUGCAAUGUUGCUGUUUUAUCUUUUUAAUGUUUGAUUUCAAAUGCUUUCUACAAUAGCCAUAGACCUUUAUAUUUUCAAGAGUUGGAAUGAAUGUACACUUGAAAUCUAGGCUCUUGAGUGAUUCAUGAGUAUAUUAAAGCCAGGUUUGGAAUAGGGGAAAGGGACGCGUAUUCUCUUCUUCCCCAUACUUUGUUUCAUGUUUCACACUUAAAAUAUUUUCCUUAUUAUCUGCUGAAAAGCUGAUCUUAUUUUAUUUUUUCCCCCCACCUACAUUCAAGAAGCCUUUAGGUAGCACUGGCAGUAGAGCAUGAAUAUUUAUUUUUUAUGAUUAAAAGUGAUACUGAAACUUUUAAAAUACAGCACCAAAAAUUAUCCCAGUUUCUGACCUUUUAAAGCUGUCUUUUCAUAACAUACGAUUUUAAGUUUUGUUAUGAAUCCCUUACCAUCUUAAAUUUACCGUUGAAAGCGUGUCUUUAUACAUCCUCCAAUUGGCUUUUCAAUAAUGAGAUUCAAGGCUAUAGUUUCUGUGUGCUUUAGUUGUAGAGUCACCACGUUUUUAUUUUCUAAAAUAAAAUAGGUGUUCAUCAAGAAACUAGUCUUGCCCCUUCCCUACAGUCAUGGUAAAUUUUGUGAUUGAGUAGGUGUAGAGGCAUUUGGUUUUUAUAGCACAGUGAUUUGUGACAUCGCCACCCAAAAGGGUAAAUCUUGGUAAGGAUUUAAUGCUUAGAUACCUGCAGGAAGAGUCCCUUGAUCUAACUUUUACACAGAUAGCAUGAAUUGCUAGGGAUGGAACAAUUCAGGGAAAAUGUAUAUAUUUAAAUUUUUAUAUUAAAACGUUGGGAUCCAUAAUACAGCUUUUUAUAAAAGCAAGUGGUCAUGGUUCAACUUAAUGGCUGGUAAAUUGUACUGCAUCCUAUUACAGCUCAAUUUCAAGCACAGAAUAAACACCUUUCAAUCCUCACCACCAGGAGGGGUAAGUGUGAAUGUUAGGUUAGCCAGGUUGAUUAAUAAACAAGGCUCUGGGCCUCUGGCGGAGGAAAAUUCUGUUCCUAGAAUUUUUUUGUUUUGUUCUAGCAAAUGUUACACAAAACAGGGUAGAUGUAUGAGUUGAAGGUGGGAUAUGUAGGAGCAGUAUGGCCAGUAGAAGGAUUUCAGCAUUUUACACUAUACUUAAAUAUUGUUCUGGGGAUUUUUGUCUUGAUUUAAUUUAAGCAUUGUAGGUGAAACUCUUAUGUCAAGAUGUGCUACUUUAUCUUGUUAAAAAGAACAAAACACUGAUCAUAAGCCUACUCAGCUUUUCAGCAUACAUAUCCUCUCAGUCAAACUGUUCAUUGUCAGGUUUGAAUUGGAGAGAUGAAAAAAGGCAGGGAGUGUUUAGGUAUUCUAGGGUCUGUGAAAUUAAGAUAUUGCAACUGAAAGUCUGUUUCUUGAUUUAAAACAAAUAAAUUGUCACUCAUGAUUGUAGCUUUUGACAAAAUACUAAUGGGAUAAUACUGUGUUUGAUGCUGCUCUUCUGCUCAACAGCUUCAAGCAGCUUGGAGCCAAAGCCAGCUGUGUAAGACUGGCAUCUGCUAAAAGUUAGUGCUCUUAGUACUAGUUUGAGUCCUGCCAAGAGCAUAACUUGCUAAAGGUAGGAACUUUUUUUGUCUAGCUAGAUAGAUUCUUGCUACUUUCUUCUCUACUGCUCUUUGCAUCUGCUGAUGGUACUGAAUGUUUUUUCCCUUACAAAUGUUAUUGCUUGUUUGGUUGAUAUGUAAUACCGUACAGAGGAUGUUUUUUGCUGUAAUAAUUCUGAAGACAUUUUUUCUCUGUAUUGAGGUCCAGUGUCCAAAUGUGUUUCUUGCACUCUAAAGUACAUUAACUUUUUCAUUCUAAUUUAAUAAAUGUAUCAUCUAAAUGAAA